AUGUUUACAGAUAACAUCAUACGAAUUCUUCUUGGGAUAGGACUAACACUUUUUCUUUCCAUCGUCCUUCUUUUCUUUGGACGAGUCCAUACUGGGAUAUUCGUUCUUCUCAUCAUUUUCAGUUAUAAAUUAACUGAUUAUUAUGUACGAACAUUGAGAGAUCCAGAAAAAUCUUGUAAAUAUUGGCCGAAUUUGAUUGUGUUUUUCGAUGGAAUAAAGGAUGCGAAAUUAGAAAAACGACGACAAGAAAGUGCAAAUUGCAACUACAUACAUAAAAACCCAUGGGUUCAUUUGGUGAUUUCUGAUCGAAUAGACUCUGCUCUUGAUGAAUUUUGUAGUUUAUGUCUUCGAAAUCAUAUCGAUCCAUGGUUAUCCGUGAUCACUCGUGACCAAGGUUUUGUUCAUGAAGUCAAAUAUAUCAUUCGAUAUUUUUUAGCCACAAUGUUGCGUCGUUUACAAAAUGUUGAUAUCGGUACUUUCAUUGUUGAACGUUUGCUUCCAUUAAUAUUCCAAACAUGUGAACGGUAUAUUCAUAUGAAAGACAAACAUUCCAUCGAUGAUCCAGCUGAUUUUCUUCGAAAAAUGUAUAAAGAUGAUCUUCAUCUAGCCAUGUACAAUCGUCAAACGGAACUUCGGUACCUCAAACAGAUCAUCCACGAUCUUCUACCAAUCAUAGCACCAAAAGUGAUUUCCGAGUGCAAAGGUUCACGUAAUCUCCUACGUGAACUUCUUGUUUGUCACAUUCUACUCGAUGCAAUUGAUUCGAUAUGUCAGCCGAAUGUUUUAAAUCGUUUAUUUCAUCUAUACUUUACAACUGCAAUACAACGUCGACAAACAGCAAACAUAUCUACUUCUAGUCAAUCGUCAAAUUUAUCUGUUGAACUCCUUUCUGACUUUUGUUCGACAAAUGAUCAUAUACACAAAAAUGAAUUAGCGUUAGAUUUAACUGAUGUCAUGAACGAAAAGGAACUGAUGGGACAAUUUAGUCGAGUACUUGAUCGUCAUGGUUCGGUUGGUUUAUUGAGUAUUUACUUGUCAUUAAGCGAUGUCUUAAAUGAAAUUCCAUUAGCAUCAGAUAUUUUAGUUCAAAAAAAACUUUAUCAACGUUUGAAGCAUAUUGAUGAACGUUAUUUAAAUCCAAAAAAUUACGAAUCGUAUCUAGUUAUCAGUAAUCCAUUUGAUGAGAAUGAUACUCUUAUCGAUGAAAUAAAACAUUUAAUUUACAAUGAAUUAGAAGAAAGUAUUAAUAAUACGGAUCCGAACAAAGUGUUCAAUGUUCAACAAACAUUUGCACUGUUAUCAAAGUUUCAUUGCAAAGUCUAUGAAUUGAUUGAAGCAAAAUAUCAAGAUGAAUUUUUGAAAAGCGAUGAACACUUUCUGUAUGUAUGCGGACAACGAAUGGACUCGCCAGAGUAUCGAUUGACCGGAAAAGCAAUUGGCAAUGAUACUACGAAUAAACAUGCGUCGUCUAAACAUUACACAACAACGUCUUAUCAAGAGAUGGAGGAAAAAGAUGAUCAACAUUUGAAAUGUUCAGAUGAUGCAAUUAGCGUUUGUAGUAAUAGCUCAUUAGACGAACGAGAUUUGAGUACAUGGCAUGUUCGAAUCGAUCAUGCCGAAGAAUUACGUGGAAAUUUGAACACUAAUUCGAAAUACUAUGCUUACAUUAUCGAAAUUCAUCGCUUCGAGUCGAACACUGACAGUCCUUUACUUCAUUAUGAUGAGAAACCUCAUUCCAUAGUCGCCAGACGUUAUCAAGAUUUUUAUUUACUAGAACAAAAAUUAAGUGAAUUCCAUGGAAUUUUUUCUGAUGCUCGACUACCACCGAAGCGAUCAGCAGCCACCGCAAAAGAUCUCAAGUUUUUAGAAUCUGUCAAACCGGACUUGGAGCACUUUUUACGCCACUUGCUAUCAAAACCAACAUUACGCAACAGCGAACUGCUAUAUAACUUUCUCACACAGCCAGAUGAUUUCGCUUUGCCUAAUGGAGAAAUUAUCUUAACUAAAGUAUUCAAAGUUGUACCACGACGGUUUCGAAUUGAGAAAGGACAAGAUCUGGAACCAUUUCUCCUGUCGUUGUUGAGUUACAUUGAACCAGCCAAAGCUAAAGCUUCACAACCAAGUCCAGUAUUUAGUGAUAUCAUUGAAGAGAAGCUUCUCAAUUCUAUAUAUGGCAACAAUGCUAAUGUGAUUGAACCUUUCUUUGAUCCGACCAGUGAAGAGACUUCCAAUUACUCUGCUGAAGAUACUGAUAGUGCUUAUAACCAUGUUGUUUUUCUUAUCAAACAAGUUUUUUCAGCGUCGCCAUUAGUGAUUCACUUUUUGGAUUUAUUCCGUGUUCCAAUAAAGAACACAUUUGAUACCUACUUCGUACAUUUCAUCGAAACACGAAUGGAUGAAAUAUUGAGUAGCGAUGAAAACAUCGUUGAUGUGAUUCAUGCUCUUCGAGAUACAAUAUUUCCUAAUGUCGCAACAGAUAAAGGACCAGCGGAUAUGGUGAAUUUCGAAGAUGUGAUUGCAGUAGCUGAAGAAUUCAUACCAACUAUGAUCAAACGUAUUAUUGGUCAAGCAAACGUAGAGAAUGGUUUACAAAUCCUUUUACAACAUUUUCAAGAUCCAUUGUUGAAUAAACAAUUGUUUUAUUUGAUACUUGACGAAGCCCUAUUCGAAUUAUUUCCUGAAUUACGACUACAAUUCAGCGCAUCAAGAACAAGCACAAUGACAACAAAUUGA